UGGCAAUAUUCCAUAAAAAUCAAGAAUUGUCCAUUUUAAUUCAAUGGUGACUUUUAACAAAGAAGACCAAUCAAAAUUUGCAAUGCAAAUAUUAUAAUGUCGUCAUCGUUGUGGAUACUAUUUUGAAUUAACGUGUUUUUUUCAUUCUUAUAUUUUUUUAAGUUUUAAUGUUACAUCUUAAAACGUGUAAAAUUAACAAAAAAUGUAUUUAAGGAGAAACAUCAAUACAGCACUGCCUUGAGAGCCGAGUAAUUAGGUGCUCUAAUAUAAAGGCAUGAUGAGUGUUCCAUUAAAAAAAAAAAAAAAAAAAAAAAAAAACCCUUGCAUUUAUAAUUAAGGAAUAUACAUUGGUCGAAAAAAAGUGACGAUCUUGUGAAAACAAAUUGGGGGAAACAAACAAAAAAAAAAAACAAAAAAAAAAACGAGGCUCUUUGCUCUGAGCAUGUGGUCUUUGUUUUAAGUUUGUGUGGCUGAAUCCAUUCAGCUGUCAGUGUGAGACAGCAGCAGCUCUAGAGUCAGUCCACUCUAAAUGUGCCACUCGGCACAGGCGGCCGAUUCUUCAUCUCUCAUUCUCUCUUCAGUCCAGGAUGGCAAAAUAACACGGUGAAGGCGGAAAAAUUAGCAUCUGCGUAUAUGGGAGACUGUUAUUACAGCCAAGUUUAGUUUCCACUAGAGUUAAACACUCUGGACACACGCUUGUAAAUGCUUAUUGAUGAAAUGAAAGUGAAGCGAUCGGAGAUGUGGAGAGCCCGUGUCCUGCUGCUGUUCACCGGAUGCGUGUGUGCGAGUGUGCCGGAGGAGCCUGCGGACAGAGCGGCUCCAUCUGACGGCUACUGCAACUGGAUAACGCGGGCUCAGCCGCACGGAGCUGGAGGCAGGAGAGAGGGCUUCAAUGAGUUCAGACUGCGAGUGGAAGGAGACCCGGAGCAUUAUCAUCCCGGCAGCACUUAUCGAGUAACCCUGUAUGCAACCAACCCUGCGUACUUUAGAGGCUUUACUCUUAUCGCUCUGAAGGAAGGGUACAAUGGUGACCAAGAGGAGGAUUAUGCUGGGAAUUUCCAGAUAAUCGACGAGGAAGACGCACAGUUUAUGACAAACUGCCCUCCAGCAGUGACAGAAAGCACCCCUCGCAGGAGGACCAGGAUACAGGUGUUCUGGACAGCGCCACCAUCAGGCAGUGGCUGUGUACUGCUGAAGGCUAGUAUUGUUCAGAGGAAGAUCAUCUCUUUCCAGGAUGAGGGUUCGCUCACGAAGCGGAUGUGUGAGAAAGAAUCGCUGUAUGGAGAAACCACAGACAAACCCCUGCUGGACUGCUGUGCCUGUGGAACUGCCAAAUACAGAGUCACCUUCUACGGGAACUGGUCAGAGAAAUUGCACCCAAAAGACUACCCAAGGAGAGCCAAUCACUGGUCGGCCCUCAUUGGAGCUUCCCAUUCGAAGAACUAUAUAUUGUGGGAGUAUGGAGGUUAUGCCAGUGAAGGGGUCAAACAGAUCGCUGAACUGGGCUCACCAGUCAAGAUGGAGGAGGAGAUCCGUCAAAAGGGUGACGAGGUCUUGACCGUCAUAAAGAUGAAGGCCCAAUGGCCAGCCUGGCAGCCCCUCAAUGUUCGAGCGGCUCCCUCAGCUGAGUUCUCAGUGGACCGCACACGUCACCUUAUGUCCUUUUUGACGAUGCUGGGUCCUAGUCCUGACUGGAAUGUGGGUCUGUCAUCAGAAGACCUUUGCACCAGAGAAUGUGGCUGGGUCCAGAAGGUUGUUCAGGACCUCAUCCCAUGGGAUGCAGGAACAGACAGUGGGGUCACUUAUGAGUCUCCCAACAAGCCUACAGCACCUCAGGAGAAAAUCCGUCCCCUCACAAGUUUAGACCAUCCACAGAGCCCUUUCUACGACCCAGAGGGUGGCGCAAUCACUCCUGUGGCCAGAGUUGUUGUGGAGAGAAUUGCCCGCAAGGGUGAGCAGUGCAACAUUGUGCCUGAUAAUGUGGACGACAUUGUGGCUGACAUUGCCCAGGAGGAAAAAGAAGAAGAUGACACUCCAGAGACAUGUAUCUACUCCAACUGGUCCCCAUGGUCUGCGUGCAGCUCCUCAACGUGUGAGAAGGGGAAGAGGAUGAGGCAGAGAAUGCUGAAGGCACAGCUGGAUCUCAGUGUGCCCUGUCCACAUACACAAGACUUUGAGCCCUGCAUGGGGCCUGGCUGCAGCGAUGAAGAUGCUUCCACAUGCAUGAUGUCAGAAUGGAUCACAUGGUCACCAUGCAGUGUGUCAUGUGGUGCAGGUGUGCGCUCUAGGGAGCGCUAUGUAAAACAGUUUCCUGAUGAUGGCUUUGCUUGCACCCUUCCCACUGAAGAGACAGAGCCAUGCACAGUCAAUGAGGAAUGCUCUCCAAGCAGUUGCCUGGUUACUGAAUGGGGUGAAUGGGAUAUAUGCAGUGCCACCUGUGGGCUUGGCAUGAAAAGACGGGAAAGGAUGGUGAAAAUGCCCCCGUCUGAUGGCUCCAUUUGUGGGGCUGAGGUGGUGGAAGCGGAGAAGUGUAUGAUGCCAGAAUGUCAUACUAUCCCAUGUUUACUGUCCCCAUGGUCUGACUGGAGUGACUGCAGUGUGACAUGUGGUAAAGGCACACGGACACGUCAACGCAUACUCAAAUCACCUGCAGAGUUGGGAGAAUGCAGUGAGGAGCUGGAACAGAUGGAGAAAUGCAUGCUGCCAGAGUGUCCAAUGGACUGUGUGAUGUCAGAGUGGUCUGAGUGGUCAGAGUGCAGUAAGUCCUGUGGGAAGGGUCACUUGAUCCGCACACGCAUGAUCACUCUGGAGCCUCAGUUUGGAGGAGAUCCAUGCCCUGAGACCAUACAGAGAAAAGCAUGCAAGAUCAAGAAGUGUAAUCAAGGAGGCUUAAACAGUGAAGAGAGGAAGAGACGCAAAGAAGACCGUAAGAAGAGGAGGAACAAACAGGGACGGGAAGAGAGCACAGAUGAGCUUGCAGGAUGCAAAAUGAAGUCGUGGUCUGGAUGGACUGACUGUACCAAGCUGUGUGGUGGGGGAAUCCAGGAACGGCUAAUGACAGCCAAGAAGAGAUUCAAAAAUGCGCAGUUAAAUAGUUGUAAAGACCGAAAGGAGAUACGGGCCUGCAAUGUCCACCCCUGCUAGGCCUGUACUGAAUGGGCUUGUGGGAUGGGACCCAAUCUAGAUUAUGAACAGACUGUGACACAAUGUCUUGCAGUAAUUUAAUGCACUCUGUUUGGGGUUGGAAAGCUGCAACAGGUAGUCUGUUAUUUUCACUUUUGUUUUCUAGAAUUUAUAGUGAUCCAGGCCUUGUCUAGCCUGUAAACGGACAAGAAACCAAUAAGGGAGGGUACUCAGAGUUGCAAUGUACUGUACAAUUCAGAUGUAUUAAUAUGCAUUAAUAUUUAACAGUCCUUUGAGGAGCUUUGAAGUGGUUUUGAAGAUUGAUUUUUCUUUUUUUUUUUUUCUUUUUUUUUUUUAUAAGCAGGACCAUGGCAUUAAUGUGUUCUGAAAUGAAAUUUAAAACAAAUUUCUUAUUUUAAACUCUGUGAUCCAAAUGAACACACACACAUAUACAGAAAAUAUAAUACUCCAAAAAGAAAUUUAAAAAAAAAAUUUAAAAUCAGUCACAUGAGUCAGUGGUUCAAAGGCAGUUGCAAUUUUGAGCACAACUGUAUAUAUAUAUAUAUAUAUUAGUGCUCAGCGUAAAUGAGUACACCCCUUUUGAAAAGUAACAUUUUAAACAAUAACUCAAUGAACACAAAAACAAUUUCCAAAAUGUUGACAAGACUAAGUUUAAUAUAACAUAUUAUUAACCUUAUUUUCAUGUUACAAGUUAAACAGAUAACUUAGAUUACACAUUUUUCAGUUUUACUCAAAUUAGGGUGAUGCAAAAAUGAGUACACCCCACAACAAAAACUACUACAUCUAGUACUUUGUAUGGCCUCCAUGAUUUUUAAUGACAGCACCAAGUCUUCUAGGCAUGGAAUGAACAAGUUGGUGACAUUUUGCAACAUCUAUCUUUUUCCAUUCUUCAAGAAUGACCUCUUUUAGAGACUGGAUGCUGGAUGGAGAUUGAUGCUCAACUUGUCUCUUCAGAAUUCCCCAUAGGUGUUCGAUUGGGUUCAGAUCAGGACCCACUGAAUCACUUUCACCCUGUUCUUUUUCAGAAAUCCAACAGUGGCCUUAGAUGUGUGUUUAGGAUCGUUGUCAUGUUGGAAAAGUGCACGACGACCAAGGGCACGGAGUGAUGGUAGCAUCUUCUCUUUCAGUAUAGAGCAGUACAUCUGUGAAUUCAUGAUGCCAUCAAUGAAAUGCAGCUCCCCGACACCAGCAGCACUCAUGCAGCCCUCAUGGGCCCUGGCAAACUCUAGACGGGCUUUUUUGUGCCUGGGCUUUAGGAAAAGCUUAUAUUUAUGGGCUUUUUGUGCCUUUAUUUGGAGAGAACAGUAGAGAGCAGACAGGAAAGCACUGAGCGGGAUCGGCAAAGGACCUCGAGACAGGAAUCAAACUCGGGUCGCCGUGAACGCAUUUGCGGCAUAUGUCGGCACACUAACCACUAGGGUAUCUGCGCCGACACAGUUCCAUCUUUUUUUAAAUUUUUGCACUACUUUUGCUACAGUAUUCUGGCUGAUAAGCUUUGCUGAUCUUCUUGUAGCCUUCACUUUUCUGGUGUAAAGAAAUUAUUUUCUUUCUCAGUUCUUGUGACAUUUCUCUUCCAUGUGGUGCCAUUGCUGACAGCAUGAAAUGGGAAGGGGUUUUAACACCCUUUUAUAGUCAACUGUCUGCUGGACACCUGUGUAAUGAAUAAUUAGACUCACCUGUGGUUGAAUUCUUGUUAAAUUAGACAUCUGUAGUCUAAAAUUUAGCUUUGCUCCAGAGACUUUCAGUGGGGUGUACUCAUUUUUGCAUCACCCUAAUUUGAGUAAAACUGAACAUUUUGUUCUCUAAGUUAUAUUAUUAACCUUACUUUCAUGUUAUAAGUUAAACAGAUGUCAUAUAAAACUUAGUCUUGUCAACACUUUGAAAAUUGUUUUUGUGUUCACUGAGAUAUUGUUUAAAAUGUUACUUUUCAAAGGGGGUGUACUCAUUUACGCUGAGCACAGUGUAUAUAUAUAUAUAUAUAUAUAAUUUUCCUUUUUCCCUCUCUUGCUCGGCUAUUACAAACAGGCCAGAAGAAAAACUGACAAGCACACAUGUUCACAUUCACCCUGCAAUCAAAGUGAUAAGAAGAGCUACAUUUAGAUGCAAGCAAACAUUUGGAUAGAUACUGAAACUUACAAUAUGGAACUAUUGACAACAUCUUAAAAAUGUAAACAUUAUUAUGUAUUUACAGCUAUAGACAUGUCAAAUAUUUACAAAUGUUGUAUCAAAUAUUUAUGUCAUAAAUAUAUGUAUAGCUACAUUUUUUUUUUUUUUUUUUUUUUUACCAUUUUAUGGAUUUUAGAUCCAUUGACCCUACCGCCAAACCUAAACAUAAUCAACUUUUUAGAGAGCAUAAAAAUAAAGUUAGUUUCAAUAUACCAUUAAAUAGAUAUUUAAUGCUAAUCACUAAUCUCACUCCUACCUCUAAACACAACCUAACCAUUUCUUAAAAAUAUAUACAGCAUAAAGAAUAAUGUAACAGACAGAUGUCUAAUCACCGAUCACAAUUUAUUUUUUGCUAAAAUGUCUAAAGGCAAGACAAAAGUAAUCCAAAUAGCGAUGUGUUGCAUUCAUUUAUUUAUUUAUUUAUUUAUUUUAUUUUUUGGUAAUUUUGAAUCACAGCAAGAAUUCAAAAGAAAAAUAAUUUGUGUCCCACAGCAAACAAAAUAACAUGACAAGUAAUGGUUAAAUGAUUACAGAAUUGUUAUUUAUUUUAAGGUUUUAAAAAGUAGCCUUGUUUAACAUUAUGUAAUCCUUUGAAUUGAGUAGGCACCAGAAGUCACACAGAACAGAAUUAAAUGUUAUAAUUUUAAAUUAGGUAAAUGAGUCAACUGUGUUAAACGCAUUUUUAAACAUAGUCUCAUUGAUCAUAAAUACAAAAUCAAAUGAUUUUUUUUCCCCCACGAUUUGAAUAUUUAUAAAUAAGUAUUCAUAAUGUGUGUCUAUAAAGUUUUUCAUACAUAAAUAAUUUACGUUUUAGAUGCUGUCAAUGUUGUACUUUUUUGUCUAUUCAAAUGCAAGUAAAUGGUAGAACCACACUUUUCAUAAAAUACAUAAGAGUUUAGAUGAGAUCACAAGAUCACUUUGAUACACAAUUUCUUGCAAAAUUGUUUACUUGCAUCUAAAGACUGCUAUUCUUUUAGUUUUGACAUCUUUAAAAAAUAUUAUUUUAACUUUUUACUCCACUUAGCUUCUUAAUAUACAGUGGCCCAAAAAGAAUUUUGAUACUUAGUCUCACUUAAAAUGUAUGUUUUUUUUUUUUUUUUUUAUUGCACUAGAAGAUAAAUUAUCAAACCAAAUGGCACCCACAAACAAAUGAUGUUAGACCUUCUCUUAGAGCUUACUUCAGUUUGAACUUCUUUUUAAAUUGACUUUUAUUCAGCUGGUAUCACACAAGUGUCCUAGCAAAGUACAACAAGUGUAGUUCAUCACUUUAACUUGUUCCAGUAUACAAACAAACAAACAAUAAAUAAAUAAUUGCUCCACUAACAUUUAACAAAGUGUGCAAAUACAAAACAAUGUAUUUAUUUUGACCAUUACAUCUAUUGUUUAAUCUUUUAAAUCAUAUCAGACAUGUUAAAAAGUGUGCUUGUACAAUGUUUAAAAUAAAUAGUUCAUGGUUUUAUAUAUUUUGUCUAAUGCAAUAACAUUCACACAGUUUAAGUAUGUUUUCACUGUCUUAAUAUUUUGGGGAAACAUUGCAACACUAAUUAUUACUUUCAAACAAAAAGUAGAAAAAUAUUAACAUUCACAUAAUUAUUGUUAAGUUGUUGAAAGCAGAUCUUUGUUUUUCACAGCCAAAUCCCUUGUAGCAUAAACAUUUGUGCACUAUGAAAGAAUGACAGACCACUGAGAUUAAAAAAAUAAUAAUAAUAAUAAUCUCAAUUAAUAAAAUUAAGACUUAAUUCACAAUUCAUUAAGCCUAUAGGAUGUAUAGUACAGGUAACAUCUGCCUGUAUAGUUGCCCUUUUGUAAAUCAAGCCCUAGAGCUGGUAAUAUGUUUGAUUUUAACAUGAUCUCUGCCCAGAAUUAUUGCCAUGUAUACAAACCAGCUGUACUUACUUUUGCAAGAUUACUGUAAAAUUGUUGUGAGAAAAUAUUCUAUUCUUGAGUAAUGAUAAUGGCCUUAAGCCAGUUCAAUUAAGUAAUGGAACUGUUGUCUCCUGUGAUUAAUUUUUGGUGUGUAAUUUUCCUGAACUAAAGCACAUAUAACCAGCCAUUCCAGGAUUUUCUAUGUUUCAUGUUUGAAAAUGAAUGCUGUCUAGGACCCACUGAUCUGAUAUUAUUUUGUUCCCCACUGUAAGACAUGUAGAUACCAUUUAACUGAAAUAUGUUAAUUUGUUGGAUUUUGAUUUGCUUUGGUUUUAUCAGCCCUUCUGAUAACUCCUAUUUUUUUUUAUAAGAACUUAUUCUUACCAAAGUCUUGCGUUGAUGUUUUGUAGUUGUCUCUCUUCCUUGUUGGUCCUCUGACAUGAUUCAGACUUUUUGAAUAUUUCCCCUUUACAAUAAAAGGAAAUAGUAUCAAAGUGCCUAA